AUCAACGCGCACCCAGCCGACAAAUAUGCUCUACUUCCUGGUCUGAGUAAAAAUUAUUACAGGUAACUGGCUUACACAACAACAGGUACUGUGCAUUUCAAGUGUGUGCAACUCACGAGCCCAGGGGACAGGAUCUGGUAGAUCACAAGUACAGCGAUGGCUAGCGAACACGUGCUCACCUUCACACAGAGAGGGGAAUGCUACACAUUGCGAGACUUCUUUGAAGACCAUCAGCGCAACUUACCAAAGCUCAUCAUGGUCACACAGGGCUAUUAUGGAGGUGUCGAUAUUGAGACUUUCUGUGCAGGGCAGAUCAUACGAGUUCAUACCUACACCAAACAAAAACGAAUAAUUGCUAAGGACGCGAACAAUCGAGACAUCAGCAUACCCAUCGACUACCCGCUCAAGUUCAAAUUAAUCGAGACUUCACAAAAAGCUACGUUCCACGGGUUAAAACUGAAAUCAGGCAAAGGUAGUAAAGAACUAGCCCUAAAGGAGAUAAUGUCAGAGGCGCAGCUCCCCCUGCAGGUAGAACUCGCCCUGCCCCCAGGCUACACGUUUGAUGUGGGCAGCAGACAGGAGCGGUCCAGUUCGUUUGGGGUGAUCACUCUGACUGGCGAAUACGACGAGACGUAUCUUCUAGCCAACAGUAUUCACUCCGGCUAUCUGGAUCCAAACAUCGCUCUGAUUCCCUUGUACCUUAAGGAUGUCUUGGUGUCCACAGUGGACGGGAUCGAGAAGAAAACGCCAGAUCAGUUUUCACGAUUCGUCGAAGGUCUAGACUUCGCUGCAAAGAAUUUCACAUAUGAUUUGAAUGUGGGAAACCAAGAUAUUGCAAUAUAUUCACCCCUGUCCGUGAAAAGUAACAAUGAGUACGACUACAUUGCCCCUGUGGAACUCUUUAAAGUAUCCAAGAAACACAAACCACGGGAAGAUCACGUAUACCACGAUCUUGGUGACAGUAGCACGGGGUUGGUGUCUGAUGUUAAAGGUGUAAUAUCAGAGCUGAAAACUACCCUGUCUCGCCCCAAAAGACCCGCCCCUGUACCCGCCCCCAAACCGACUGUUCCAAAACGUGAUCCUGUUUUACGGAGAAACUCGGAAACGUCCGCAACUAUUGAUGAGAACCACAAAUACGUCAACGACAUUGGCCGUGCAGUCGUUCAGCCCUUUGAGGUGCACAAGAAAACGGAGGAAGUGUCUGUGGAAGAAAAACCCAUAGAAAAAUUAACAAUACAGGAGUUGGGGCAGAAGUUAAAGGCCCUGAAGCUGGAUAAGUAUGUGAAAGCAUUCAGCAACGAGGGGAUCGAUGGUUCUUUGCUUGUGGAGUUCAAUGAAGACAUCCUGAAAGAUAACUUUAAGUUAUCGGCAAUCGAGUCUAUAAAACUGAUGAAGUUUGCUCGCACUGGACACAUACCGCACUAAGUGGGAAAAGUGGAGUGGCUUUUAUUACCCGUAUGGGCUCAAAUAUACGGGGUAAUAUUUUUUCGAUCUCUGCACAGUGUGCAGAUUGCUUCUACAGACACUGAUUGGCUGGCUUUAAAAAGACAAGAUUUGAUUGGCAAUUACAUACUGCCGGGA